AAAUGUUAACCCAAUAUCCCUCUAUUUCUUUUGCCUUUUAUAAAAUACCAUUCUCUUACACGAAAGACCUGUGCACAGCUUAUUGCGAGUCCUAACAGUUCAUUGUUGGAGUGUUUUCCUGACUAUUGUUGUAUUACCUCUGUCUGUAAUUAUGGGUGUUUUUUUUUCUGAUAAUUCAGUGUCUGCUGAUACAUCUGUGAGUUGGAGUAGAAGUAAGGUGUUUAGCUCCUUCUUUGACUUUAUCUACUCUCUGCAAGUUCGUUUUUACAUAAAGAGUUGGUGUCUUACUUGUAUAAUGGCACCAAAGAUAACAGUUACAAGAUGAUACAGAAAAAAAAAAAAUCACUAAUGGCAUUUGUCCAUAAAAUGACACUGAACUAGACUGAUUAAAUGAAGAUAGCUCUGAACUAGAUUUAGCCACUAGUGGAGAAAAGAAAUUGUCUCUUAUUUUAAUAAAUGUGUUGAACAAAAGUUUCCUACUCAACUACACUAAUGCCUGUUGAGAAGUCCAAUUAGAAGCUGCAGUGUUGGCAGACUCUGUAAGUACAAGUGAAUGGGUAGCCUGAGUAGUUUUGAUUUCUGGCUGAAAUUGUAUGAACCUGCCAGGUUGGGUGUUUUGAAAUUCUCUCAUGCAUACCUGCUCAAGAAACAUAGUAGAGAAUCAAAAUAAAUCUUUACUAAUUCGGAUCUGCUUUACAUUUUCCUUUAUGGAGAGGGACUACCUUGGAAUAUUUCCAGAUAGAUGGAUUCACUUCGUGUGUAUUUCUAUUAGGAAUGAGUUAAAGCAUUCUGAAUUUAUUUGGACCGAAUACUGUAUGAAGUUAAAAAAAACAGAGGAGAAGAUUAUAAAGGAUGAAAAACACCUUGAGGAGUUAGUGAAGCAAAAAGCAGAAAUCCAGGAAGAUGCAAAAUGUUGGAACAGCAAAGUAGAAGAUUUGAAUAAUAAAAUAACUGCACAAGCGGAUGAGAAUGUAAAAAUAUCGGAUGAUUGUUCUGACUUGGUUAAAUCUAUGGAAGAAUUGAAAUCCACCAAGGAAAUUGAUCUACAAAGUAGAAAGCAAAAGCUUCUCAAAAUCAAUGAAGCACUGGACAUUUUGAAAUGUGAAAAUGAAGGACUCCAAGGAGAAAGUGAAGAGUUUUUGCAAAAACUUGGAAAUUGUUCAAGAACAAAGGAGGCAUAUCAGUCAGAAGUCAAAACUCUCAGCAAAAGCAUAGAGGAGUCUGAAGAGCAAAUAAAACGACUAAGUGAAGACCUUUGUAAAGCUGAAUUAUCUUACAAUGAAAAAAAAGCAAAGUAUGAAGAAAUCCAAGAAGAAGUAACUGCAGAAAAGAUCUCUAACAAGAAUCUGGAGUGGAAUCUUAUAAAAGAAAUUCAAGAUGCAAAAGAAAUUUGCAAAGUGAUUCAGGCCAGGACUAAAAACAUAUAUGAUGGACUAGAGGAAAAGCAAAGAGAGAAACUAAAGAAAAGAGAAGAAGAUAUGAAGAGGAUAGAAGAACUAGAGAGACACAUAGCUCAUCUAGAAGAAAAUUUUAAAAGAAAUGAAGAUCUACUUAAUGAAAACCAUAAGAAACUCUCCUAUUUGAAUCAGAGGGCACAAGAGCUAGAUAAAAAGCAGAAGCAAACAGAACAACAGCUGAAGCAAAAAAGAAAUAUUCUGCAACAGCAAUUAAAUGCUACACAGGAAAAACAAUCAUUUCUUUCUAGUCAAAUUGAUGAAAACUGUCUCACUAUGGAAAAUUUAAAAAAUGAACUUAAGGAACUCGCUGAAUUAUGGAAUAUGAAGCAAACACAGAUGGAAGAUGCAGAAAAACUGUUAAUCGAUUUACGGAAAAAUCUAAGUGGUGUGAUGUUUAAGCAGCAAAAUGUCCAGACACUAUUUAAUCAUUUCCAAGAUGAGCUAGCAGAAUAUGAAAAAAGGUUAAUGCAGGAAGCAAAAGCAUGUGGAGAGUUACUACAGACAAGAAAGAAAGAUCUGAAAAAUUCAAAAGUGAAAUACGAAAGGUGCGCUCGAGAUACCUUAGAGCUACAAUGGCAUUUCGAUUGCAAAAGCCGUCAGCUGCGACAGGUACAAAACCAAAUACUUAAGAUAGAAGCAGUCAGCAGAAGGAUUCAGGAGGAUGUAGACUUUAUGAAGAAACACAGCCCUCUGCUGGAAGAAAAGUUGAAUCUGGAGGGUGAAGCUGUGAAGGAUGUGUUACUGGCUUAUGAAAGGAAAAUGUAG